AUGAACAUCCUUUUGCGGCCCGGGUCAAAGAGAACAUUGGCCUUGGAGUCGACGACCCACGUCCUCCUGUUCAGGUACAUCCACGAGACGCAGAAAUGCGCCAUUGAACUGAUACCGAAGACGUCGUUUGUCUCGCAGCCGUACAAGCAGCUCUCGAGAACACGCCCGCACGGGUUUUUGGGCUUGAUCGAGAUGAACGACGACGUCUUCCUCUGCGUCAUCACGUCCAAGAUCCACGCUGCACAACCCUUGUCCGGCGAGAGCAUCAACAAGAUUGCCGACGUCGAGUUCCACUCGCUCACAAACGACUCAUGGGACUUCCUCGACCUCAAUUCAAACGGGUACCCAAGCAUGGAGACAGACAUGGACCCACAAUCGAGCAACCAGCCUCCUAGAAUACCGCAGCACCCGUGCUAUGAGUUGCGCAAGCUUCUUUCGGACGGCUCCUUCUUCUACAGCUCGGACUUCGACUUGACCAGCACCCUUCAGGGCCGUGGGGUCAACCUCAAGCAGCGCUUGUCGGUUGACCUCUACCACACCGACUACAUGUGGAACGACUUCAUGAUGCAGGGGAUAGUCAGCUUCAGAAACAACCUCUCCGACAAGGACAAACGGGUUUUAGACAACGACCACUUCCUCACCACCGUCAUCCGUGGGUUUGCAGAAACAUUGAACACCGCCGUCAAUGGCAGAAGCUCGAAAAUCACCAUCAUCUCCAAACAGUCCUGGAAAAGAGCAGGCACGAGGUUCAACGUGCGAGGCGUCGACGACGACGGGAACGUCGCCAAUUUUGUCGAGACGGAGUUGAUCUACAACGACGGCCACCAAGUGUUCUCCUUCACGCAGAUCCGCGGCUCCAUCCCGGUGUUUUGGGAACAGGACACGGCGUUGAUUUCUCCCAAGGUGCAGGUUACUAGAAGUUUCGACGCAACCCAGCCUACGUUCGAAAAGCAUUUCGAAAAUUUGAACAGUAAGUACGGACCUGUGCACAUCGUCAACUUGUUGUCGAAAACUAGAGCCUCUGAAAUAGAGUUGAGCAAUACCUACAAAAAGCAUUUCCUUGAGUUGAGAAAGAAAAACCCUGACUCGGUUUUUUUCACCGAUUUCGACUUCCACCAAGAAACUUCCAAGACUUACGCAGAUGCAACAAGACUAUUGCCCCUCUUGAACGAAUCCUUUGAUGAUUUCGAGUAUUUUCUAUUCGAUCUCGACCGCUCGGUAACGAUCUGCGAACAAAAGGGCACCUUCAGAACAAACUGUUUGGAUUGUCUAGAUAGAACAAACGUAAUUCAGCAGGUCAUCUCCUUGCAAACUUUGAUUGAUCAUUUUGAGAAAAAGCAUGUCCAUGAUUUGUCCAGCUUGAAAAACAGCCACAGCACUCUUUGGGCUGACCACGGCGAUAGGAUCUCCCAAAUUUACACCGGUACAAAUGCCCUCAAAUCUAGUUUUUCAAGAAGUGGGAAGAUGGGCUUUGCGGGCGCCCUAUCGGAUGCUACCAAAUCCAUCAGUAGAAUUUACAUCAAUAACUUUGUUGACAAAAACAAGCAGCAACUCACAGACACUUUAUUGGGUAAGAUAUCAUCACAAAGGCAAGUCCUUAUUUAUGAUCCGAUCACCGAAUAUGUGAACAAUGAAUUGAAGACCUAUGAAUCUAAGUUCACAUCCCAUAAAGAUAUCACGAUCUUCACAGGAACGUUCAAUUUGGCUGGGGCUAGCGACAACAAAAACCUGACAGAAUGGUUAUUCCCCGACGAAGGGUUCAGCCCGGACAUCUUUGUAGUUGGGUUCCAGGAAGUAGUCGAAUUGAACGCGUCCAACAUUUUGAAAAGUGAUGGAUCUGUUGGCGAAUAUUGGACAAAGGAGGUUGAGACAACCAUCAGAAAAAACUCAAAAGACAGUUACGUCCUACUAAGGUCCGAAUUUAUGUCGUCGAUCCUUUUGUUGCUAUUCGUCAAGUCGCAGCAUGUUGCCAAAGUCACAGACGUUGAAGGUAAGUCCAAAAAGACUGGGUUGGGUGGGAUGACUGCUAACAAGGGUACCGUUGCAAUUAGACUCAAUUUCUGCUCGACGUCCUUUUGUUUUGUCAACUCGCAUCUAUCCUCUGGCUUGACGUACACUGAUGAGAGAAACAACGAUUUCAUUAGCAGUUGGAACGGCAUCAGGUUCUCCAGAAACAGAUACAUCAAGCAUCAUGACAAUAUUGUAUGGCUCGGAGACCUGAAUUACAGAAUCACGUUCCCUAAUGAUAAAGCAAGGGCUUUAAUUGAACGCAGUGACUUGACUACGUUGUUGUCAAGGGAUCAGUUAUCCUAUCAGAUGAUGCGCAUACAAGAGUUCAAGUUUUUCAAGGAAUCCGAAAUCACCUUUCCUCCAACAUACAAAUACGACAAGUUUUCAGACGACUACGACAGCUCGGAGAAACAGAGGGUACCUGCAUGGACAGACAGAAUCUUGUACCGAGGGAAGUCGCUAGACUCACUGGUCUAUUACAACGCAAGCUCCAUCAAAUUUUCAGACCACAGGCCGGUGUACAACGUCUUCCGUUCCAGGGUGAAGGUAAUCGACGAAGAUUACCGGGAAAACCUCUCGAGCAAGAUCCGUGAGUCGUACAAG